AUGUCUCCUUCGGCGGUCGAAGCCGUCGCUCCACCAGGAAAUGCAGACAACUUCAUCAAAGUGCAAGCGCAAGCCGCUGCAUCGGACACCACCCCUCCAUCUACAACGGCAUCCAACGGCACCGUCGGCUCAGCUCCGGCGCCAGAUGUUCACGAUCCUUUACAUGAAGAGCACCAGUACCUGAAUCUCAUACGCCAGAUCCUCUCGUCAGGCGAGCACCGGCCAGAUCGCACCGGCACCGGCACCCUCUCUCUCCCCUUCCCACCGCAACUCCGCUUCUCGCUCUCCAAGCCCUCACCCACAGACCCAACUGACCCGGACGCCAAUGUCCCCGUCCUCCCGCUCCUGACCACCAAGCGCGUCUUCCUCCGCGCCGUCACCACGGAGCUCCUCUGGUUCCUCGCCGGCAGCACCUCCUCGACGCCCCUCAGCGCCGCCGGCAUCAAGAUCUGGGACGGCAACGGCUCGCGCGCCUUCCUCGACAAAUUGGGCUUCACGCAUCGCGCCGAGGGCGACUUAGGCCCCGUGUACGGCUUCCAGUGGCGGCAUUUCGGCGCCGAGUAUGAGAACCCCGAGGCCGACUAUGCGGGCCGCGGCGUGGAUCAGAUCGCCGAGAUCGUGCGCAAGCUGAGGGAGAACCCGUAUGAUCGCCGCAUCAUCCUCAGCGCGUGGAACGUGGCGGACCUGGACAAGAUGGCGCUGCCGCCGUGCCAUCUGCUCGCGCAGUUUUACGUCAGCUUUCCCGAUGCGCCGCGGGGGGAGGCCGCGUUGCUCGGAGAACAGGCGGCGCAGAACGUGGAGAUGCCGCCGCCGCCGCCGAAGAAGAAAAAGGGUCACCUCUCGUGUCUGCUGUACCAGCGUAGUUGCGACAUGGGCCUAGGCGUGCCGUUCAACAUCGCCAGCUACGCGCUGCUCACGCACAUGCUGUGCCAUGCGUGCGACUUGGUGCCCGGGGAGCUGGUGCACACGAUGGGCGAUGCGCACGUCUAUCUGGACCAUGUGGAUGCGCUGAAGGAGCAGUUGGGCCGGGAGCCGAGGGAGUUCCCGACACUGAGGGUCGCGAGGGAGGAUCGAGGGAUGGGCAAUAUGGAUGGGUGGAAGGUGGAGGAGUUGGUCGUCGAGGGAUAUCGGCCGCAUGGGGCGGUGAAGAUGAAGAUGAGUGUUUGA